CCUGAACUGACUAUGUAUUUGUUUUGUGGCUGCUUUGUAUUCCGACAGUGUGGAGUGUAUUGCAUCGCCCUCGACACUGCAUCCUGCCUGCAUUGGAUGCGCGUGGUGUUUCUGUGUUUGUGCUAUGGUAGCUAUGGGAAGGGAGCGUCACAAGACAUGGGAUUCGUCCAGGCCCUAUUGGCAGCGUGCAUUGUUGCAUUGUUUACCAAAUGCCAAAGUCUUCUACCAAAUAUAUCCUUUGGGUUGAUGUUGAUGCGUCUCGCUACUUGUGCUCUUUCAGGAUUCUUGUAGGUCGUUCCCAGUGCCAAGAGACACCUUUCAAGCAUGCCGUCCAAGCGGCGAAACAAUGGUCGCUCCAAGCAUUGCCGUGGGCACACGGCCAUUGUGCGCUGCUCCAACUGCUGCCGUUGCGUGCCAAAGGAUAAGGCCAUCAAGCGCUUUCAGGUGAGGAACAUGGUGGAUGCGUCAUCGCAGCGAGACUUGAGGGAGGCGAGCGUCUACCAAACCUUCAUGCUCCCCAAGCUCUACAUGAAGAUGCUCUAUUGCGUCUCAUGUGCUAUCCACGGCCGCAUUGUUCGUGUGCGGAACAAGGUUUUGCGAGCAAGCCCAGAAGGCCGCAUCUACAAGCCCCCCAUGGGCAAGGGUGGCGGCAAGGGCAACUGAGAAGAUCUGAUCAGGACAUGCAGCGGCACUGAGAAAGAUGACA